CCUCUCUCUUCCGUUCCCCUUCUCUUUCCUCUUUUCUUUCCCGCUUAGUAAACUUCACUCUCCCGUAUGAAAAAGAUAGUGAAUUUCAAUAUAUUAUUGACUGUCGGUCAAAAUUGAGCUUCACCUUCGAUGCUUUGACACACAGAGUUUUUACUGGAUUCCUGGACGUUUUCUAGCACCACAAAACUAGAGUUUUAAUUUGUUUCAACCAAACAACACUCAUAUCAAAUAGAUUCCAUCACAAUGCGACAUUCGCUAUUUCUCCUGCUGGGAGCUUUGCUUGCUUGUCUCGUCAACACGUUGACUUGGGAAGGAGCGACCCACACGCCAACACCCCUUAUCACUGCUACAAGCGUUCCAAAAACUACCGAACCGGCGACUCUUGCGAAGCGCGAUGCGGUUUUACCACAGACGUGUGGAUAUAUUAAUGGCAAUCAAUGUAAGUGCUCUCCUUCUAUGUUUGUCUUUCUUACAAAAUACUGAUCUCGAAUAAUUGCAGCGUUGGCUGCGACUUGCUCCGUCGCAUCCUCCUGUGUAUGGCACACGGAUUACUAUAUCGUAGGGUGCUGCCGUAUGUCAGCAACGAAAUCACCAUGUCUUUUCUAUACCGGUUGUGUGGAUGACUAUACCGACAAGACUAUCGUUGACAACCCUUUGCUUUAUACUUGGUAAUUGUUCUCACCAGCCCAAGCUCAAUUAUACUUACUAAUUGUUUGCGUAGCAAAGGCACAAGUAGAUGCUUUGCGAAUAACUACGAUGAUGGAUACCGCCAAUGGGUAAGCUACUUCGUUUUUGCUAUGAAAUGCUUUUAAAUGACAAAAUUAGGGCUGUGGUUAUACUGCAGCUACUGUCCAUCUUACAUACUCUGGUCAAAGCCCUCAAGCUGCAACAAUUCGUCAAGUUUUUACCGGGAUUAAGGAGCUUGAAGCUGCUCCUAUCCUAACUGUCUCGGCCACAAACCCAAUUCCAACUUCAACAGUAACUGCAACUCCGUCGAAGGGAAGUGGGGUCAGCGCAGGUGCAACUGCGGGAAUCGUCAUUGGAGGUUGUGUCGCUGGUAUCAUUAUUGGAUAUUUACUCGCUCUCUGCCUGAGCAAGAAGAAAAAGAAGGGAGCAUCAGUGCAUGGUAGCGAGCAUCAGCCCAUGGAAUACGCCCAUAACGACCCUUCUCAAUCCGUGCCCGUCUCGCCCCAGACUCAACUGUCAAUGCCUUCGAGUCCGUACACGUAUCCAGGCCAUUCCUCGAUGGGAAAUGGGUUUCCUCAACCAUAUCCGCAAUCGCUCUCUCCGGAAAUGCACAACCCGCCAAGAGAGAUGGAUGCUUCACCUUCUUUUGUACAGAAGAAGUGAAAGAGGACCCACAUCGUCUGAAGCUGCUCAGAGUCAUAUUUUUCUGCUCGCUUCUUCAUUUCUCGCUAUUCAACGAACAUGAGGGCAGAGGCUGUGUUUCUCGGCACGAAAUCUUGGAAGACGAGUUUUAUGGUUUAUAGAUAUCAUGCGAGUGCUUCUAUCGCUUUCUUUUUGGCGUUCUCACUAAUAGAAUAUUGGAGCCCUUUAUUUACCAUGAUUAACGAAUGACAUUAGUACUCGGAGAUAACGUACAGGAAUAUGGGCGGGCUGGUUUUAAUCUUUUUCUGGGGUACCUAUGCUUUUACUAAU